GGGCGGCGGGGACGGUGGGGACGGAGGCGGCGGCAGGUCUUCCGCGCGGCCGCCAUGCUGAGCUCCCGGGCCCAGGCGGCGAUGAGCGCGGCCGACAGGGCCAUCCAGCGCUUCCUGCGGACUGGGGCGGCCGUCAGAUAUAAAGUCAUGAAGAACUGGGGUGUCAUAGGUGGACUCGCCGCGGCUCUUGCAGCAGGAAUAUAUGUUAUUUGGGGUCCCAUCACAGAAAGAAAGAAGCGUAGAAAAGGGCUUGUGCCUGGCCUGGUCAACCUGGGGAACACCUGCUUCAUGAACUCACUGCUGCAAGGCCUGUCUGCCUGCCCCGCUUUCAUUCGGUGGCUGGAGGAGUUCACCACCCAGUACACCAGGGACCAGAAGGAGCCCCCCACGCACCAGUAUUUAUCCUUAACGCUGCUGCAGCUCCUGAAAGCUUUAUCCUGCCAAGAAGUUACCGACGAUGAGGUCUUGGAUGCAAGCUGCUUGUUGGAUGUCUUAAGAAUGUACAGGUGGCAGAUCUCUUCAUUUGAAGAACAGGAUGCUCACGAGUUGUUCCACGUCCUCACCUCGUCGUUGGAGGAUGAGCGGGACCGCCAGCCCCGGGUCACACACUUGUUCGAUGUUCGUUCCCUGGAGCAGCAGCCGGAGAUAACUCCCCAGCAGAUAACCUGCCGCACAACAGGGGCGCCUCACCCCGCGUCCGGUCACUGGAAACCUCAGCACCCGUUCCACGGGAGACUCACCAGUAACAUGGUCUGCAAGCACUGCGAGCACCAGAGUCCUGUUCGAUUUGAUACCUUUGAUAGCCUUUCACUGAGCAUUCCAGCGGCCACGUGGGGCCACCCACUGACCCUGGACCACUGCCUUCACCACUUCGUCUCCUCAGAGUCGGUGCGGGAUGUUGUCUGUGACAACUGUACAAAGAAUGAAGCCAAAGGGACGUUGAAUGGGGAAAAGGUGGAACACCAGAGGACCACUUUUGUUAAGCAGCUAAAACUAGGGAAGCUCCCCCAGUGCUUGUGCAUCCACCUGCAGCGGCUGAGCUGGUCCAGCCACGGCACGCCCCUGAAGCGGCACGAGCACGUGCAGUUCAACGAAUUCCUGAUGAUGGACAUCUACAAGUACCACCUCCUUGGACAUAAGCCUGGUCCACACAGCCCCAAACUGAACGAGAAGGCAGGGCCUGUGUUGGAGCUGCAGGAUGGGCCAGCAGCCCCCAAAUCAGUUCUGAAUCACCCAGGGGGCCCCAAACCCCACAUUUUUAUGAAUGGUGCCUGCUCCCCGGCCGUGUUGCCUACCCUGCCAGCCCCGGUGCCCUUCCCCCUGCCCGCUGUUCCGGACUACAGCUCCUCCGCGUACCUCUUCCGGCUGAUGGCGGUCGUCGUCCACCACGGAGACAUGCACUCGGGACACUUCGUGACUUACCGACGGUCCCCACCUUCGGCCAAGAACCCCCUGUCGACCAGCAACCAGUGGCUGUGGGUUUCCGACGACACGGUCCGCCGGGCCAGCCUGCAGGAGGUCCUGUCCUCCAGCGCCUACCUGCUGUUCUACGAGCGGGUGCUCUCCAAGGUGCAGCACCAGAGCCGGGAGUACACGUCCGAGGAGUGAGCACGCCCCGCUCCCAGAGCUAGACCUGACGGCACUGUCCACGCCACCCAGGAAAGAGACAAACUCCGACCACGUGCGUGUGCGUGCGCAGGCAGCCCGCCAGAGCCCUUCAGCCUUCAGGUGUGUUCCCAGAGCGGGCUCCACCGGGGAGCCGGCGGCCCCUGAGCAGCUCUGCUGGCACGCGCUGGACGGCGUCGCUGUCCUGUCGGGACCGCAGUCACUCUGCCCAGAGCAUCUUCUCGCUCACCUGAUGCAGGUCGUUAAAAGAAAUCAGGCUCCGGAAGCACCUCUUUUACAUUCUUACCUGCUAGGCGUUCUCGCAGGGGGCCACCUUUGUCAAGCCCUCCGACGUUUCAGCGCAGACCUUUCCUUUUUAAUGAGCAGGCCCGCAUAAAAACGGUUGACAAGAAUUAGUGAAAUUAUCAAAGGCAACAAUUUAGAAGAAAAAGUGCCUUUCACUUUUGAUCGCUUUUGUAGCACGUCCAUUCUGGAAAAUACACGUUCUCUAAGAGUCAUAGAACCAAUUUUUGAAAAGCCUUCUUCUAAGUUUCUCAAGGGAUAGCAAAAGAACAGUUAAAAGAUGCCUAAAGAACACCCACCUUCCCUUUUUGUAUGUCUUUUUCUAAUCUUUCGAUUCUUUGUAUAUACAUCGACAGUAAAAGCUCUCCUGCCAAAUCUGCCCCUCGGGGGGGCUGUCACUGCUUCCUCGGUCCUCAGUGACCUGCUCACGCGUUGCCCUUACCUUUCGUACGCGGGACGCGCGGGACUCGGGGUCGCGCUGACAGUGGGAACCCCUGUGAAUAGCCGGACUGUACCCUGCAGGUCCUCUGCUCCGUAGAAGCGCGAUCUCACAGACACCCGCUUCAGACGGUUAUUCUCGUCUAUUUAUUUAUUGCUCGUGCAGAGCUCUUAAGAUGUGCAGGCGGGGCCGGGGGCCGUGGAAGAAGGCAGCCCCGCCUCCGUGUGAGGACUCGAGUCGGAAGGAAGGGCGCCCGCCGCCCCUCUGGGACCCCCACCUCCUCAUUUGUGACGGGAAGGCUGAGGUCGAUGGCCGUCGAAGGCCAGGCUUUUCCACUAAAAUAAGUUUAAUUUAUUUGUUACACACACACCUGUAGCCGACACCUAGGACUGUCGCUUUGUCACAGGCCCACCUUCGUUUCCAGGAGCCCAAAGACCACACGGAGCGCGCUCCCCCCUCUGCAGGUGAGUCUCAGGCCCGCGGCCCAGUGCGGGAGGCAUUCUGAUGACCCAGGAGUCAUCUCUGUUUGAGCUAGGUGUUUGUAUUAAAACAAAACAAAACAAAACAAAAACACCAAAUUCGUAUGGACUCUUCCGAGAUGAGAUCUGGAAUCAGACCUGUCCAAAAGGCCACCUGAGGGAAGGCGAAACACCUUGCCUCCCCCGGCGGGGGAGAGCUGGCGGACACUUGUGGAUGAUGCCUCGGUGUCGGCUGACAGCACAGGAGGCCCAGGCGACUGCCAUCCCGGCGGGCCGGCAUGCACCCCGAGGACGCGCACGCCGGCGAGCCCGUGUGGGGGCUCUGCAGGCCGUGGCCCUCCAGGUGCAGGGAGCAGCUGGAAGCGUCUGGGCCGUCCACUGCCGCUCCCCUUCCCGGUUCUGUCGCAGACCCUGGCUUUGAUGUGGAAACGAGCGCACCUGGUGUACCUGAGUCUGGUGGACAAACACCCAGGUGUGUGACCUUAAACUGCUCACCUCAAGUCGUAGCUUUGAGUACCUGCUGUGGUGCCGCUGCUCACUCUUUGAAACUUGCCAUUAAAGGGGGAGGUCGGUCAGGCCGGGAAGGGGCCGAUGCGCGGAACGUGCUGCAAGCAGACCGUUGGCCCGAGGCCAGGACCGUGGAUGUGAAUGACUCGUGUGCCGUCUCUGAACCUGGCCUAAAGCUGACUCCCUCGUUUUGUAAACUAUUAGGCAUUGAGUAGGAGCCAGAUAAUCUUAUUUCUAGUUCUAAGUUAUUUACAAAAUAGCUUCUUUUUGCAAAGUCGUAAGUUAAAGCAGUAGUUUAUGACCUAAAAACUGCUGAUUUAUGUACUUGCAAAAGGCACCUUUUGUAUCUGCUGUGUAUUAUAGCAAUAAAAGUAUCAUUUUGCUAGGAAAAAAGUCAACUGGUAUGCUUUCACCAUUUCCUGAUUUGAUAGGAAGUCCUCUUUCCGAAUUUUGCAGUGUUACGUAACGUUACACCUUUUCUUUCCUCACCGGUAAAGGAAACG